AGGGACGCCGAGAACGACGAGUGCGAAAGAGAAACCAAAAAGAAGAAACAAAGAAGGACAGUACUAGGAUUAGCCUUCAGCAGCGAUCGUGCUUACACAAAGCCAAGCUCUCAAUACAAAUCAUCAACCCAAUAAUCCUUCACCAAAAAAGGAAAUUAUCAAAUUUUGUGAAGGAAAACAUUUAGAUACACUGCGAGCCAAAGCCGAAGCUUCCAAGAUUCGAACCCAGUGAGUGAGUUUCGAUUUCCAUGCAAUUCUUCAACUCCAAGCUCACUGAUCUCCUUUCCUGAACUUCAAAUUUUGGAAUUUGAAGUUCAAAGCUUUUAAAUUUCGUGAAACAAUGAGGGUUUAAAUCGCUGCAGCGAUUCAAUGCCCGUUUUGUGAUGUUCGAGAGAAGCAAGGUGUUUCCAACCCUGGUUUGGUGAUUCAAACUUAAGGUUUUGAUUUGCCGCACAAUUCAAUUAAUUAAGUUUGAUUUGCGGAAUAUCUGGCCUGUACUCAGCUAGUUCCGUCUCGGCCCCAUCUCUAGGGUUUUGGUUCCGGCUGUGCAAGAUUUGAUUUUGCAUUGUAUGGUGUUUUUGCGGGCGAAUUUUGGGAUUAUUUCGAGAAAACAGUUAUUCGGUCCAGUUCGAAGUUCCUCCUGAUUUACUGUUGUUAGGACGAUCAUACAUCUGGCCAUUCCGUUAUGCAGAGCUAUGUGUAAUUGAUAUGUUUUAAAUCAUAUGGGGGAUGGGAACUGGAGGUUUCUUUGGAAACAUAAAUAACUGGAAUCUGACUCAAAUUGGGUUUACAGGUGGGUGGGUUAUAUUGUGAUUUUGUUGGCGGUGUAUGAAUCUGUUUGUUGAGAAAUGCAACCCCGGCAGAGCUCAAGAAUUGAUUUGGCUGAAGUAAAGGCACAAAUGAUAAAGAAGGUUGGAGUUGACAAGUUUAAACGUUACUUUUACUACAUGGAAAGGUUUAUCAGCCACAAACUGAGCAAGCCUGAAUUUGACAAUCUUUGCAGUCGGAUACUUGGGAGGGAGAAUGUUCCGUUGCACAAUCACCUUUUCAGAUCAAUGCUGAGGAAUGCAUGCCAAGCCAAGACCCCACCGCCAAUCCAACCAUCUGCCCCCCCAAGGUUUGGAUCACAUGUUACCAGCAUAUCUCCUGGUAGAGAAGAUGGGCAUGAAUCAAAUGGCGUCACUUUACAGAAUCACAAUCAAAAUGCACCUAUUUGGUCAAAUGGGGUUUUACCAGUAUCGCCACGUAAGAUGAGGACUGGAAUACGUGAGAGGAAGCAUAGAGAUAGACCAAGCCCUCUUGGACCAAAUGGGAAGGUUGAUUCUGUUUCUCAUCAAUCACUAGGUACAGAAGACAGUGGUAGUAAGGGUGAUAUGGAGAACAGGACUCCCACUCCAUGUGAUUAUCAAAGACCAGUACAACUUCAAGCUGUUGCUGAGUUACCUGAAGAUGAAAGUGGAGAUGCUGUUCAGCAACCUGCUAAUAAAACAUUAACACAUGGAAAAGGCAUGGCUGAAGCUUUAAUUGAAGAUGGGGAAGAAGUGGAGCAGUCAAACUACUUACCUAGGAGACCCCUAUUAGCUCCACUAGGGAUUCCAUAUUGCCCAGCAAGUGUGGGUGGGGCCCGCAAAGCCUUACCAGUGGCCAGUACUGGUGAUUAUGUUAGUUGUUAUGAUAGUGGUAGGUUGUCUGACACUGAUACCUUGAGAAGGCGCAUGGAGCAGAUUGCUGCAGUACAGGGUCUUGGGGGUGUCUCUAUGGAAUGUGCCCAUAUGUUGAAUAGUAUGUUGGAUGUUUACCUGAAGCGAUUGAUCACAUCCUGUGUUAAUUUAGUGGGGGCUAGGUCUACUAAUGAGCUGAGGAAGCUCUCUGUUCAAAAACAGCAGAUUCAGGGCAAGGUAAUCAAUGGUAUGUGGUCAAGUAAUCAUUUACACGCACAGAGUGUGGGUGGAGCAUCAGAAGUUGUUCCUGAACACAUGAUGCCACUAUCACACUCGGUAUCUCUGCUUGAUUUAAGAUCUGCGAUGGAGCUGAAUCCAAGGCAACUUGGAGAAGAUUUUCCAUUGCUAUUGGAGAAGAUUUCUAUGCAUGGAUUUGAUGAAUAGCUCUUUUAUGAAGACUUGUCCAAGCAAAGGCUGGUCUGAUUUUUCUGGUUCUUUUGGCUUGGCCGUGGCUGGCAAUCAUCAGUGCACUCAAUAAGUUCUCAUUGCCAAGACGAACCAUUUGACCCCCUAAAUUAUAAAACCUAACUCUUCCAGGGUGAUACACUGGUAGUUGAGCUGCAGAAUGUCUUGUACCUGCCAUUUGCAGGCCUGGAUAGAUCAACAUCUAUUUAACUGCAGCCACGUGUACAAUCAAAUUAAAUGCCGGGGACUGGUUUCUCUGUUGUAUCUUUAGCAUUGGAGUUGGCUGUAUUUGUGAUCAGUAGAGAUUUCAAGCUUGUUGUCCACUUUACAGCCAAUGAGAAGGAAAACUAAGAAAGUUUUGCAGAGAUACUGUUGUGUUGCUGGGACAAGGAAAAAGAGAAGCUUCACUGUUAUCCAGCUUGGUGAACGGAAUUAUGAUGUUAAGAGCUGCUAUAUCCGAUGCAUUCAGGAACAUUGUGGAUGCUCAUUAGUUCUGCAUUAAGAGGAGCAUGCUAAUGACCAUGCAAUUGAGGUUUUCUUGUUUGUUGAAAUUUCACAUUCCACAUGAUUUGUUGCUGAGUAAUUUGGCUUUUAUUGUCCUUCCUUGGCUUUUGUAGGGUUUUUUCUUUUUAUCCAUGGCCAAGAAUCACCCACCUCUUUGUUUGGUUCAAAUCAGUGUUGUAAAUUCCUCAUUAAUGUAUAUUAAUGUCUUGAAUAAAUCCAUUUCUGUUAUCUAAAAUAUUGAAGUUAAAGUUUGUUUGUUAUGCUUGACAUGAUUUCCAAUAUUCAUUUCUUGGUGCCCCCCCCCAGGGGGGGGUAUGGCUUCUGAUGGUAUUCUUAUAAUAACUGGACUGUGGGGCUGUGCAUUAUGCGGACUCAGAGGCAAGUCGUACUAUUACACUGAUGCUUUAUAUAGAUUUUAUAUUACAUAUAGAAUAUAGAUUGUUUCAGAGAAAAUCACAUUAAUGCAGUGAAGACUGGAGAAAAUUACUUAUUAUAACUCUUUCAUAAACCAUUGCAUGGACAUCAGUUCUGGCAAUUCUCUUUCUGAAGUUUCAGAAAUAUGCAACUAGAUGCUUGCGUCCACAUAUUACCCCCGGUUGUUGACAGGCAUCGACCCAAAGUUCAUGGUUAUUAACAAAAGAUGGACAGAAACUGCUAUUCGCAGAACUCACAUCCAAGCAGAUAACUGCUAAAGCAGUUCAGCUGACAAGGCCCGUGGCUGAAGCAGGUAAUAUGCAAUUUGAUUGCUCACUUAUUUGGUGCUUAUUUUGAAUAUAUGGAUAUCUGAAUAGAUGAUUGGGGAAUGCUGGCAAAGUUGAAAAAUCACCCUGUUCAGCAGCAGAUGAUUGCCACUUGGGCUCAUAUUGAUUGCCAUGUAGGUCCUUAGUAAUUCAUUGCACUGCCAGAAUCAUAAGAAGUUAAAAGUGAUUAGAUUCAGAGGUGGGGAAGAAACAAAGAAGAACAAGGAUCUGAUAAUGCUUUCCUUGCUUUCUCCUCGAUCCCAUUGUUGUGAAUUUUUUGAUUAUGCAUAUCUGUAGCAACAUGGAGAAACCUCAAAUAGAAGUGGGAAAUGGAUAAUAUUUCUUAAUAUGUUAGGGCUGCUUAUUAUAUUUAGAAUCUUAAGUCCCUUUUUGAAUCAUGAAUGAUUCAAUCGAACUUAUUUACAAGGAGAAAUCAUGUCUCUGCUCUAAUUUGGUGCAAGAUUAUGGUUUUCUUAAUUUUCCAAGUGUGAUAAAAGAUGAAUUCAUCUGUACCUGAAUUUCCAGAUUCACUGCUAAUGGUCUGCAGUGAGAGAGCUCCACUCUGGUUGCUCUGUUCGACUUACCGAGUUCUUUUUCACCUCGCUAUUCAAUCAUAGAAUAUUGAAUAGUGAUAGCAGGCCCUUCUUAGUAUAUAAAAGGCGCAAAAGCGCACAAGCCCAAAUCCAAAGAUGGAUUCUGUUGAUAAGGAAGUUAUACAUGUUGAAUAACUUCUAUCCUCUGCUUGUCUACUUUACAUAGUUGCAGUUUAAGAUUCCUAUCCUAAUAUGCUGAGUGGUCAAUUAAUUAGGAGAUUAGUUUAUUUUGCUGUCACUUAACUGUAGGAUUGCAGUUGCAUGCUAUAUAAUCUUUGUAAAACUCUUUUAUGAUGAUAUGAAUAUUUCAUUUUCUACUUAUUGGAGAUUCUCCCCCCUUUGGUCUUAUCUAAAUUGUAUGAAAUUCUCAUUCUUUAGGUACAGAUUGAAUUUUAUUUCUAUUAAACCUUUAGUUCCAACAAAUAGUCUGCAGUUUGGGCUAUUGUUUUGAGGCUUUUUCAGGUUGGCUGUUGGCAUGGCGAUUGCCUUGGUGAAGAGUAACAGCAACGCGAGGUGAGAGCAUAUGGUGAGUUAGUAGGUAGUUAAAAAAACAAAGUGAAGACCUUGGGUUAGAUGGUGUUUGUGUGCGUAUACUUGUAUCCUAUAAAUGAAUUCAAGUAUCCAUCUGAGAAUAAAUUUGUUGAGAUCAGGGGCUAAUAUAAUCGCUUAUUGACAUUUAAUGUGGUACAUAAGUGACUUGUCCAACAAGGGUUUGUUAUAUACAGUUUCUUAGUUAUUUCCAGAAUCUCCAUGGGCAAGGAAGCUGCAGCACAAAGAAUGUUUGGCUGGCCGCGUCAGAUGUUAAUGGAAUCAUAUCAUGAUCACGUUGAUCAGAUGUUUCUUUUUAGAUCAGUUUUCAUGUAGUUUAAAGGUUUCAAUCUUGUGUUGCACAAGAUUUCAGCUGUCUAUUCCAUUUAUUUCAAGAGAGUGAAUGGCAUGUAUAUAAAAUAGACCGUUGAUAUCUUAGACAGGGCACGUGGUGUAAUUUGAGAUAAAAUAUAAUUAAAGUUUAAUUUAAGA